AUGAGAAGUAGCUUAACCAACCAUGCUAGUUCAACUAUACUUCUCUACGGAUUCCCGAAAAUAGACUAUGAGAAGUUGGACAGUUUUCUAGAAACUUCUAUUGUUUCAGGAAAGCAGCUGAGCAAGGAUUAUAAGUUUAUCUGUGCUCAUGAGCCCUGGUUGAGUGGAACUACUGAUGUAUCUGACAAGGCUGAAUUUGAGGAUAGAAAAACUACUUACAACAUGGACGAUGAUGAUGAUUUAAUAAACUGGAAUGACAAGGGCAAUAUAACAGACUGGUUUUCUUUUGAUUUUACCCUUGAGGAACUGAGGACUUUGAAGAAAUAUCAGAGUCAAAACUUCAGAGAUCCAAGAUAUGAUCUUCAAGAGACUGUUGUUACUUUAGAUGAACUUGUUGAUAUUACAAGGGAGUUUGGUUUAGAACAAGGACGAACUAUUGGUAUAUAUCCUGAGAUGAAACACUGUCAUGCUGUCAACAAGAUACUACAGAACAGGAACUCAAGCGUAAGGUUUGAGGAAAUUGUUCUUCAAACUUUAAACGAUCUUGGGUUUAAAUCCAACCCUGACCCACUUGUUCUUCUGUUAGAGAGGAUGAUAGAAGAGAAGGAUUGGGAGAGGAUUGAUAAUUUACAGCUGGCAGGACUAGGAAUAGAUAAAGGAGUACUUGUAACUCCUGGAGUCCCGGAUGAAGAAGGAAGAGGACAGUAUAGAAGCAACACUACUCAGUUUAUAGCAAAGGUUCAUGAGCAUGGUUUGAAGGCGCAUGCGUUUACAUUCCGAAAUGAAUGGAUGAAACUUUACUGGGACCAUGGGCAGGACCCAUACAGGUAA